CAAGUCGGACUAAAGCAGAGUUUGGAAAAGAAUUUUUUUUUGCUUUAGGGCUGGAUUUAUUUGCAAACCGCAGGAAGAAGAAAAUACAAGAGAGAGAGGGGUUUGGUGCAGCGCCGCGAUCACGGAUUUCAGAUGUGUUCUAAGCCUGCCGGGGUGAGCACGCUUCCGGGCACUGAUGGAGACGAGAGCUCAGCACGGCAGCGGGUCGCAGGCCUUGCUACAGGCUCGGCGUGACAGGGGGAGGCCGCACGGGGAGCCCGACCUGCGGGAUGUCCUGACGCAGCAGGUUCAUGUCUUGUCUCUGGACCAGAUCAGAGCCAUCCGAAACACGAAUGAGUACACAGAGGGACCUACGGUGGCUCCACGGCCGGGGGUCAAGUCUGCUUCUCGGCUAGCAACCCCACCCAAAAAUGAAAGGCCCCAUGGCUUGCCCGACCAUCGUCAUUUUAGCCGGAUUCAGCACACGCAAACACACGCCUCUCCUCGGGCGCCUCUGUCCCGAUCCAUCAGCACGGUCAGCACAGGUUCGCGGAGCAGUACAAGGACAAGUACGAGCAGUAAUUCAUCUGAACAAAGACUUCUAGGAUCGUGUUCGGGGCCAGUUGCCGACGGGAUAGUCCGAAUGCAGCCCAAGUCUGAGCUCAAGUCAAGUGAGCUGAAGCCGCUGAGCAAAGAAGACUUGGGAGCGCACAGCUACAGGUGCGAGGACUGUGGAAAGUGUAAGUGUAAGGAGUGCACUUACCCGAGGACCCUCCCAUCCUGUUGGAUCUGUGACAAGCAGUGUCUUUGCUCAGCCCAGAACGUGGUCGAUUACGGGACUUGUGUUUGCUGCGUGAAGGGCCUCUUCUAUCACUGCUCUAACGAUGACGAGGACAACUGUGCUGACAACCCCUGCUCCUGCAGUCAGUCGCAUUGCUGCACUAGAUGGUCCGCCAUGGGUGUGAUGUCCCUCUUUCUGCCUUGCUUGUGGUGUUACCUACCAGCCAAGGGCUGCCUUAAGUUGUGCCAGGGCUGUUACGACCGGGUAAAUCGGCCUGGCUGCCGCUGUAAACACUCCAACACCGUUUGCUGCAAAGUUCCCAGCGUCCCCCCCAGGAACUUUGAAAAGCCAACAUAG